AUGUGUCCGCUGGAAGUGAGCGCGGUCCGAAUCUCUCCUAAACGGGACAGACACAGAUCCAGCACAGGGACUGGCGCAAAUCUAGCACAGGGACAGACGCAGAUUCAGCACAGGGACAGAUCCAGCACAGGGACAGACGCAGAUCCAGCACAGGGACAGACGCGGAUCCAGCACAGGGACAGACGCAGAUCCAGCACAGGAGGGACAGACGCGGAUCCAGCACAGGGACAGACGCAGAUCCAGCACAGGGACAGACGCGGAUCCAGCACAGGAGGGACAGACGCGGAUCCAGCACAGGGACAGACGCAGAUUCAGCACAGGGACAGACGCGGAUCCAGCACAGGGACAGACGCGGAUCCAGCACAGGGACAGACGCAGGUCCAGCACAGAGACUGA